GGGCGUCGGGUCGGGGGCUCCCAGAUCUGCGGCACCCACCCCCCCACUGGAGAGUGCCCCGUUGCCUGUCGCCCUGGACCCAGGCCCCGUCUUGCUCCCCCGCAGCCCUCUGGUGAGGUCAGGCCUCACGAGGCACAGAGGGUCCGAGUAACCCAACCUCUGUGUGCUUCCUGCCCCCACAUAAAGGGCUCGAGUACCAGCGGCCGAAGCACCCGAUUUCCAGCAGUGACAUCGAGGUGGCCUCCACGGGGACGCCCCUGCAGCAGGAGAGCCCCGAGCUGUACCGCAAAGGCACCACCCCCUCGGACCUGACCCCCGACGACAGCCCCCUGCAGAGCUUCCCCGCCAGCCCCACGGCCACCCCGCCCCCGGCCCCUGCCUCACGGAACAAGGUUGCCCACUUCUCCCGGCAGGUCUCUGUGGACGAGGAGCGAGGCGGGGACAUCCAGAUGCUCCUGGAGGGCCGGGGAGGGGACUAUGCCCGCAACAGCUGGGGCGAGGAGAAGGCCGGCGGCUCCAGGGGUGUCCGCGGCGGCGCCCUCCGCAGCGGUCAGCCCGCAGACGACUUCGGCUCCCGGAGCUCGGGCCACAGGCAGCCCGGCAACCCCAAGUCCCGGGAGCGGCGGACGGAGUCGCCCCCCACCUUCUCCUGGACUUCCCACCACCGGACCGGCAACCCCGGCUCGGCGGGCGCCAAGCUGCUGGAGCUGGAGGAGGAGAAGCUGAGCAGCUACGAGACGGAGAUGAAACCGCUGCGGCGGAUGGACUCGUGCGUGCAGGAGGCGCACCCCCAGAAGCGGCGCUCCAGCCGGGGGGGCGCCUGCCGGGGCCUGGGCGAGGACCACCGCCCCGAGGAGCGGGGCUUCGGGGCGCAGAGGCUGCGGUCCAAGCCCCAGAGCAAGGACGGUGCCAGGCCGGCCUCGUGCACGGAGCCCGCGGUGCAGAGGCUGGAGAGCCUGCGGCUGGGAGAGCGGGCUGAGCCGCGGCUGCUGCGCUGGGACCUGGCCUUCUCGCCGCCCCAGAAGUCCUCCCCGGUAGCGCUGGAGUCGGACGGAGAGGACGGGGACGAGCUCAAACCCAGCACGGGCUCGGCCCCCAUCCUGGUGGCCAUGGUGAUCUUGCUCAACAUCGGAGUCGCCAUCUUGUUUAUUAACUUUUUCAUCUGAGGAGACGUCGCGUGAACAAAAACAGUGGUCGAUGUACAAAAAGGGGAUGUUAAAAAAAAAAAAGACGACAGAAAGGAAAGGAUCGUAACUGAGACGGCCGGACAACCACUUCUGAGACUUUUCACAGAACAAUGUGAUUGGGUAUUACUCACAGUUUGCCUUUUUUUCUGGGUAAUGUUUUUUGGAUUUUAGCCAAAAUUCUUUGCUUGUAUAACACGAUGCUGUGUGGCAUGGCAGAAGGAGGCCAGCACGCCGACCCUCCAGCUUGGUGUGGAAAGGAAAGGGACCCCGGCAAAUCAAUGGCCAAAAAACAAAACGGUCACCGUCCUCGCCGCCAUCACACUCCAUCUGGGACUGGAAAAGGAGGCGGCCGGAGGAAGACCCCCAGCGUGUCCAGCUGUGCUGUGAGGCUGAAUGCGGGAAGUCUGUUACCUGCGCCGCUCCCCUGGGUCCUGGAAUAGCGGGUGACAAGUAGGGGUGUGCGGCGGGGAGGGCGGGGGAGGGGGGGGGGGAGUGGGCGCGCCUUCCCAGCAGGCAGCAGCCGCUUCCUGUUUUGAGUCUGUGCCGUGUACCUGAGGAAGCAGGGAUCUGCCGCCUCUCCCCAUGGAGUCUGAAAGCAAGGUCCUCCUUCCCCACGGUCUGCCCCCUCCCCCACCACUCCCCCCUUCGUCCCACACCCCCAGCAGCAGUGG